GUGAGGAAAACAAAAAAGACUACGUGGAAGUUGAUGGUGUGAAGCAGCUGUUAACGGAAAAUCGACCCUGAAACUGGACUUUUUCUUGUUCUAUCUCUUAUAAGACUAUUGAUACUUGUCUAAUCGACAUUAGAGACCGCGUUCGUGUUGUUAUGACGAAUCUCAAAUCCGUUAGUCGAGCCGAGACGUCGACCAUCUGAAAGGUGCUUUUCAUAUUUUCACGCGGCGUCCGAAGUUACAUCUUGUAAAGACUAAGUGGUUUUAUUUUAAAAAGUUUGCCUCGGAACAUAGGACUUAAGGAUAUAAGUAUAUAUCCUAUGUUGUGAUGUCGGCAGAGGUAAAGAAAAUGCCUUCUCAAGAAGUAACUGGAGGAAGCAAGAUCGAACUUCGCACUUCGUCCGGUACAGUCAUUUGUUUGAAUUUCUCAGAGGAGGACCAAGUGCUGCCGAAGAUUGUUCGCCUCGUCGACCCAGACACAGAUGACACUGCAGUUUUCCGGUCGGAAGAUGGAGUUUAUCACGAGCUAGAUUCAGACUCUGCUGCGAACUUGCAAGAAUUUCAACACAUGAAUCAUUGUCACCAUUGCAACUGCAGCGAUGGGAACGAACAAUCUUCAAACACGAAUACCGAUGUCCGUAAGGGAGACGAAAGGGGUGAUAAACAACGAGAAAAACUACAAAAGAUACUUCGGGAAAGGAAGGCGAACAAAAAAGAGGAUGAAAAUUGCAAUGGCCACUGCCAUCAGAUAAUUCAACUGCCGAUACGAGGAUUGAAACAGUAUGUACGAGUUAAUUCAUCCCAGAUGAAUGGUGAACACAAAACGAGCCCUUCUAAAGACGAUUCUUCACCGGAAUCAAAGCCAGUCAAAGGUAUUCAUACGAAUAUGUCUUUAUUUAACGUCUUUGGUUUAUAUUUCUAA